CUGUCUAUGGCCUCUUAAUCUCCUCUCUCUGUCUGUAUUGCUCUCUCUAUUUUUUUUAACAUUCUCUCCCUUCUCUCUCUAUAUGACUGUAACUAGACCUUGAGUUCUUAGCUGAAAGUGUAUUCAUGGAAACCAGAUAACCAAAAUUCAGGAUGAAGAGAGAGAGAGUAGUUCGUCGGUUGUUUAACUGAAAUAGUAACAAUGGCAGCAGUAGGUCUUUGUCAAGCACCAGCUUUCACGAUUGCAUUGCCUAAAAAGGAAGCACCAUUUCGAUCGUUGUCCCCCGCUUUUCAAUACUGCAAGUGCGGCUGGAACCCUAUCCGGGCUUCGGCUUUAUCUGACAAUGCUUCAAGGGGAAGCAGAAAACCUAAGGCCAGAAAAUCUGUUAAGAGCAACAUUGAUCUAUGUAAAGAGCUCCAGGAUUUUAUUACUAUGGCUGGCCUCCCUUCAAGUCAUAUACCAUCGAUGAAAGAGCUUUCUCAGUUUGGAAGGCAAGAUCUUGCAAACAUUGUUAGAAGGAGAGGGUACAAAUUGAUCACAAUGCUCCUAACGGAGUUCAGAGAGACUAACAUAAACAGUGAGACUGAUUCUGAAGAAAAUAUAGAGGAGAGUUCUGAGAAUCAGUUCCCAGGUCGGGAGGCCCUUUUGGGUAACUUCUCUGAUGGUGUUUCCACUAUAUCAAGUGAGGACUUUUCUGUGGAAAAUCGUCUUUCUAGUCAUAUUGGAGUUUCACCUCAAGUACGUAUUUCCCAGUUUUCGGAGACAGAAUCAUCAAUAAAUUCACACCUGCAUGAAAAAGCUUCGACCUUUAUUCAGACAAGCGAGCUGGAGACAGCUGAAGAGGCUCUGGAUACUAGGGAUUCUGGCAUUUGUGAUAACUUAGAGCUGAGCAUUGGGUCAUCUGAUGCUGGUAGAAGCAAGUCUCACAAUGAAUUAUUCGAUGAAUGUCUAGUUGAAUCCACAUUUCCCAUUAAUGAAGAUGCAGCUCGCAAGGCUAAUCAAACUACUUCAGAUGGAAAGCAAGAAUCAGUUUCUCUGAUUGCCUCAGAACUCUAUACACCUAGGAAACAAUCUUUGCCAUCUGAUCGACCUAAAGAUAAUGGAUUCAUUGGUAACGAUGUGGCUACUGAGCCUUGGGACAGGGACAGCCAGGAUGAAAUUGAUCGUCUAAAAGCCCUAUUGAGUCAGAAGGAGUUGGAGUUGCUUAAGCUAAAGCAACAGAUUGAGAGUGAAAAGAUGUCCUUGUUCCCCAUGCCUGCCUUAGUGUCCACCUGGCUAGAGCAACUCAUGAGGAACUUUCUGUGGGCAGGCGAUGGGGGAAAGAAAUACCAUUUGAUUGCUUGGGCCAGAGUGUGCUCCCCCUAGAUCCAAAGGGGGCCUAGGCAUCCGUAACCUCAGAGCCAACAAUCUUGCUGACCUCGGCAAAUGGUGGUGGUGGUUCGCUAUGCAAGAGAACCAUCUUCGGUAGGAGUUUGUUCGUUUCAAAUACAGCUGCAUUUGAUCUCUUGGGCCAGAGUGUGCUCCCCCUAGGGCAUAAGCAUGUAACCUCAGAGCCAACAAUCUUGCCCUCCUCGGCAAAUGAUGGUGGUGGUUCUCUACGCAAGAGAACCAUCUCUGGAAGGAGGUUGUUCAUUUCAAAUACCGCUGACCAGCUGAUGGUUGGCUACCUAUGGAAAGGGCUGGGUCCAACUGCUCCCUUCUCCCGUGUGUGGAGGUUGAUUCUUCAUGCACCCAGUUCAAAACCUGCAUCCGCUUCCACUCUCGUGAAGAUCACCGUGUCAUGUUCUGGUCGUACUUGUUGCUCGGCCAAAAUCCACCUAAGGACAGAUUCCCCCUCCUCUUCCUUAUUGAACUGAACCCACAAGCCACGGUAGCGGAAUGCUUCCGAACGGUGGGUAAACACCAAGUGUGGCACCCAAGAUUCAGAAAACCAUUGACUGAUGUCGAAAUUCCAAAGUUUCCAGCACUUUCCUCCCUUCUUCACUGCAUGUUCUUACUUUUGGGGGAACGAUAGAACGAUUCGACCCCCGCCUCUCUGGAUUCAUAUCUGUCUCCUCCUUCUACAAAACCCUCCAGAUCCAAAUGUCCAAUUGGAUAAUCUUUGCCAAGAGAGCUUUGACCACUGUCCUACUACAAAGAAGAGGUCUACAUCUACCCAAUAUGUGCACUAUGUGACUAGAAGAAGAGGAGACAAAUGCCCAUUUGUUCAUCCAUUGCACCACAGCCAGCUCUCUAUGAAGUAGGAUCUUUGGCUGGUCCUGGAUCCCUUCAUCCAUCCCUCAGUUGGUUGAGGCCUUCCUCUCUCGAUCAUGGACCAGACAGGGAAGAGGACUUUGGCACGCAGCAGUCGCGGCUACCCUUUGGGUUAUCUAGUUGGACUGCAACAAUCGAAUAUUUAGAGGGGAGAAGCUACACCUAUCGACGCUAUUCGACAAAGUGAAACUUGUCAAUUUUUGGACUAAGAACCACAACCUCUUUAAGCAUUGCUCAGACUUCCAAAUCAUUUGCACCCUCGGAACUGGCCAAAUUCAGGCUCAAGUCAAACUUAACUGUGAUGGGUUUUCUCUUGAUACCUGCUGGUAUUGGUAGUAUUAUAAAAGAUGCUGGGGGGACCAUGCUCUUUUCCUACUCCCACUUUACCGGUAUUACCAACUCCACGGUUACCUAAGCCCUAGCUCUCCUUAUGGGUCUUCGACACUUUAACCCCUCAUGGGUUGAUAUGCUGAUUGUAGAGGAGAUAUGAAGAAUGUGCUAGCAUGGUCCUCUAGAUCCUCCCUUUGCCGUUCGAGAGUGGCUCGCAUCUUCGACAAGAUUUUCCACAUUUGUAGGGUUACGCACAUGUUUUGGUAACAUAUCUGGGGAGAGGCCAAUGCAUGGUCCCUCUUAGCAAACCAUGCAGGAGAUUUUCGAGCACCUUUUGAGAUCUAAAUAGCAUAUACUGUUUACUUACAAACUCGAUAUUGUAAAGCUUGUAUAGCAUUUUUUGGACCCUGUAAGGGGAUUUUGAUUCUUGAACGACUGCCGGCCUGUCGGUAGUUCAUUUUUUGUACAACUCCCAUAUUAAUACAGUUAACAGUU